AUGAACGAAUCAUCAAAGAGGCGCCUCAUGCUCGGCAUGCAGGGGAAGAAGAAGGGGCGGCAGGCCGGAACGGCACCGGCGAGUUCAGGAGGGGUGGACCCUGACGAUCUGACCCUCAACGAGCUCCGUCGCCAGAUGAAUGCUGAAUCGGCCCGUGCCGAAGCUGCCGAUGCUGGUCCGUCCCCCAGCCGAGGCGCGCCUACCGAGGGUACCUCCUCCAGAGCUGCAGGCAAAAGGCCGAUCACGGUGGACCUUGAUGCCGACCCUGCGCCAAAACGCGGGCGACAAGCCGAGCCUGCUCGGGCCAUCUUCUCUGCCGAGGACGACGAGGCGCCUCCUGAAGCUGUCACCCUGGCUGUCCUUCGAAGACGGUACAGUUUGUGA